AUGGGUUCCAUCACUGAGACAUCACUCCCCGAGGCAGAGCUCGGGCUCCAAGCAGCAGAUGACAUCGCCGUCGUUGGGUACUCUUUCAAACUUCCCCAGGGUACAGACGAUGAUUACAGUUUCUGGGAAGUUCUCCAGGACCGUCGGAACCUUUCAACAGAAUGGCCUGCCUCCCGUAUCAAUAUUGAUUCCUUUCUGGAUGGCAAGAGCCAUACCUUCAAUGGCCGCCGAGGGCACUUCAUCGAUGACGAUGUCGCUGCCUUUGACGCUCCUUUCUUUUCUGUGACCUCAAAAGAGGCCAAGGCCAUGGACCCAAUGCAGCGAUGGACACUCGAGGCAUCUUACAGAGCUUUCGAAAAAGGCGAGAAAUAA